CCUGCUAUGAUAUUAAUUCCAAUAACGCCAAUGACCCACGUAAUCCAUCGUGUAAAUGUAUAAAAUACAACAAACCAAAUCUUAUAAAGAAUAUCCACUGCACAGGUUCAGAAACGGAAGGCAAAAAUAAAGUCCCCCAUGUGAUUGACUUGUCUUUUCUGUAUUCAUCAGUUCAUUACCUAGGCAAUUUACCGUCCGGAAAAUUCCCUUCGCCUACAACAUUUUUUCUAAAAACGGGAAACCCAAUAACCGGAGCUGCAGGUGAUAUCAAUCAGAACCCUUUAGUGUUCGCAUUAAGUCGUGUUCUUAUGGAUGAACACAAUAGACUGGUCAGUAAAAUGACUGCAUUUCAUAGACCAAACCCUUCAUUUGAAGCAAGGAAGUUACUGAUUGGAAUAUUCCAGCAUAUUACGUACAACGAAUAUUUACCGAUGCUGCUCGGUGCCAGCACUCCAGUUAGGUCUUUGACUACAGGUACUCGUACUCCCAUCAGCAGUACGCUUCCUAUGGUUUCUCAUUCUUUCGUUCUUGCCUAUAAAUUAGCAAUGGCUUCGAUGUUGAGAGAGACUGUAACUAUCGAUGCAACUCCAAAUAUUAAUCUGAAAGGUAUAUUAAACGACCAAACAAAAAUAGACACUGCCACCAAGCUCGCAAGCAUCACUAAAGGAAUGCUGACAGACUGCAGCUUAAAAAUCGGAAAAGAAAUACCUUGUAAUUUCCGAAACGAUUGUGCAUAUUCCGAUGUAGUGUCAGUCCUAAGUCAAGAUGCGCGUUAUUUCGGAAUACCAACGUACUUCGUUUGGCUGCAUAUCACAAAUUCCUUACCAGCUGCAAAUUUACCCUUACAUGAUACUACAAAUAAAAACCAGUUGCUCACAUUCUAUGGGAACCCUUACGACAUUGGUUUCCUACCUGGAGCUUUUUCGGAAGAAAUAAACGGUCCCAGUAUGCUUGGAGUAACGUUAACAAAACUCUUUGAAUUCCAAUUUAAGAAGCUGCAGGAAGGUGACAGAUUCUAUUAUGAGAACGUAAAUAUAUUUCAGCCUG